CUUAUUUUAGAAGACUUGGGGAAAAGCAGUUUGAGCUAAUGAAUUCGAAGAGACCCACAAGAUUCUGAAAGAACACCCCAUAAAAUGCGUUAAAAUUUAUAAAUAAUUAUUUCAUAGCGUUUGCAGUUGCUUCAAGAACUCUCUAGACUUGCUUUUCAACGGGGAAUUUGCAAGAAAAAGUAUGAGAUCCAACAUCGUUACGGAGCCUCCAUGUAUUCCUUAUAGGCCAUGGAUGAAGAAGAGGGUUGAACAGAAGGGACGGUUGGUACUCUCUGAGGAGGAUGGACCGGUGCGUGGCGGUGAGGAUGACGGCAGAAUCGUCAGGAUUACAUUUCCCGGCGUUGUCUGAAGGCAGCGAAACCAUUCGUCCAUGGCAGCACUGAUCCGAGCAUCAACAGCGGCAGUGACAGAUGCACUAAAACCGACAGCUCUCCUCUGUUUGAUUUCCAUCGCUAGUUAUGUUGUCUAGGGUUUGUUCAAUGUCCCGCUCUGAUACCAUACUGAAAGCAGGAUUGCCAACAAGGAUGGGGCAGUGGUGGGAAGGCAUUCCAUUCUUUACUUCAUCUAUCAUACUCAUCUGUGGAACCAUUUACUUGGUGUGUCUUUUGGUUGGAUAUGACUCAUUUGUUGAAGUAUGUUUCUUACCUGUGGCAAUCCUAUCACAUUUUCAAGUUUACAGGAUUUUUACGUCUGUUCUUUUUCACGGUUCACUACUUCAUGUUUUAUUCAACAUGUUGGCUUUAGUGCCUUUGGGUUCUGAACUAGAGAGAAUCAUGGGAUCAAUCCGCAUGCUCUACCUGACAAUUCUCCUAGCCAUAAGCAAUGCUAUUAUUCAUCUUUUCAUCGCAGUUGUCAUGGCUCAUAACCCCUUUCAUCAUUAUGACAACCUUAUGAACGAGUGUGCCAUAGGAUUCUCUGGAAUUUUGUUUUCAUUGAUUGUUAUAGAGACAAGUUUGAGUGGUAUUCAAUCCAGGAGUGUUUUUGGCCUCUUUAAUGUUCCUGCUCAAUGGUAUGUGUGGAUUUUGUUGGUGGUAUUCCAGCUUCUAAUGACAAACGUCUCAUUUCUAGGGCACCUAUGUGGCAUAAUAACUGGAUUUGCAUAUAUUUAUGGGCUGUUAAACUUUCUUUUACCUGGAACGGCCUUUUAUUCUGCUAUGGAGUCUUCCUCUUUGCUUUCUUCUUGUGUGAGGCGACCUAAAUUUAUUCUGUGCACUGGUGGAAAUCCCUCUGCCCAACUUCCAACAUAUUCUGACCAAAAUACCACGUCCAAUAGCCUCUCCGUUCCUAAUGUUUGGAGAAAUUUAUCUUCAUGGAUGCCUCGCAGAGAAACAGUCACUGAGCCACAACAACAAGACAACAGAUUUCCUGGACGUGGAAGAACGCUUGGUUCCGCUCAAAACCAAAGUGCUCCUGCUGAUGAUUCAGAAUUUAACUUGCAAACUAGAUUAUUGGAUAGGAGUUCUGCAGAUCGUCAGUCAUCUGAUGGAAGGCAAAACGAUAGCGCAGUAGUGGAUCGGGCAACCCCAAUGCAAAACCAGAGAUCAGUUGCCUCGGAUGCAGAGAUUCAAAAAUUAGUAUCAAUGGGUUUUGAAAAGACCCAAGUAGAAGUUGCGCUGGCAGCCGCGGAUGGGGACAUUAAUAUAGCAGUUGAAAUCCUUAUGAGCCAAAAGGAUUAGUUGAAAAUUGCAACCAAGUAAUUCAGCUUAUGCCAUAGAUUUUUUAGUGGCUAUGGGAUUUUCUUCACUUAUUUUUGGCUGUAAUUUUCAUCUUGCAUUGUAUAUUCCUAGGAAACCUUUUAGGCUUUUAGGAGAUAUGUGGUCUAAUCUUGAAAACGUGAGUCAAGCAGGGAAGGCUGAUUGAAAUGUAUUUAGCUAAGUUAAUACUGUUUUUAGGUUCUGGGCCUUGUCUUUUUCCUGAGAGGAUAGUAUGUUGAUGAGAUAGAAGAGUGUUUAGUGAAUGUUUAGGAGUGAUUUUAAAACGGUUAAAAUUGCUUUUAUCAUAUCUAAAAUCACUUAAAGUAUGUCUUCAAUCAUUGAAAAUUAAGUUAAA